AGGGAGUGUGGUGAAUGGCCUUUGUGGAAGAAGAACUUGGACCACAAAAUAAGAAAUAAGUGUUGUCUGCACCUGAAGCAGGGGGACCAUGGCCGACAUCUCCAUAAGGACCUACAAGAGCGGAGACUAUGAGGCGGUGCGGGCCUUAUUCGCUGAAGGGAUGCUGAGUUAUGUCCCCAGUACCAUUGUGCACCUGUUGAAGCGUCCUCUUGUCUACAUUCCCAUGUCUGUGUCACUUAUCACCCUCCACAUGGCUUUUAGGUCUUAUCUGCUGUCCCUGUUAGGCGUGGCCAGUCUGCUGGCUGCAGGUUUCCUUCUUUUAAAGACUAUGUUUCGCAUGUACAUAAAUAAAUGUCAUAGGGGGGACUUGCUGAACAUUGAGGAGUCUUACAUGAUGGGACAGGACUCCUGCUUCUGGGUGGCGGAGUCCAACGGCCGGGUCAUUGGGAUGGUGGGGGUCCAGCCCGUCCCCGGUUCCCGCCAUGCGGUGCUGCUAAGACGCCUGUCUGUGACUAAGAGCCAGCGCCACCGGGGAACGGCCAGGAAACUCUGUAUGACAGUCAUUGACUUUGCCCGCCAGCGCGGAUACAAACAAGUGACCUUAGAUGCCUCGACGCUGCUUCACGCCGGUCACCGGCUGUACCAACGCCUGGGCUUCCAGAUAACAAAGGUCAAACAGAACCUGGCCGGGAAAUUUGUGAACUCUGUUAUAAUAUAUUACACAUAUCAUAUACAGUAAGUGUAUCACUGCUGGAGUAUAUACAAUGUAUAACCCUAGAUGUGAUGAGUAGUCUCACUGCACAGUACAGAAGUGUAACAAGAUGGAGUAUAAUAAAUCAUAAGAGAUACUGUGCACUCUUACAGUAUAUAACCCUGUAUGGGUAGUGGUAGGUAACAGCCAGACAUCUGAUAAUAUACACACAUAUGCCCCAUAAUAUACUAUUGUCAAAAUAUUGGUAACAUAUAGAAGUCAUAGUUGAUUUGUUUUUUGCUUUGUAUUUCACUAAUUAACCAUAGCACUAUGGCACAGCCCCUGUGGGACGGUAAUUGUCCUAAUUAUUUGUAGUAUGUCGCCUUGAUAAGCCUUUGCUGUUGUAUACUGUAUAUAUUUGAAUAAAUAAGUCAUUGAGCAAA